GGUGGAUAAUAUCACCAAAAUCUGUUAAAAUGCUGAGUAGCAUGAAUAUGUCUUUAUCGCUCACACUACAUUUCUGCAAUCAAGACAGAUGAAGGGCACUUACCAAUGUUCCUCCAAAGAGUUAAUAUUAAUUACCUUUUCAACCAUGACUGCUCACUUCUGCUCACCACUUCCACAUCACUACCUUAACAGAGGUCAGUGGUGGUACCAACACACCUACACUGCACACACAUAUAACCAUUCGGACAGAUAUAACACUACGCAACUAAAAGACUGAAUUAAUCACACAAUCACAUUCAAAUCAACAUUUCAAGACAACAUGAUUAGCCUGGAUGAGGCUCCUGGGAGUCAAACCGUCAGAGAGAACAACAUCUGGGAGCGAGAAAAUCAAUCAGAGACAUCCCAUAAUAAGAGUCUGCUCCUUGCUGAUACAUGGAAACCAUGCAGACGGACCCGCGCAAUUGUCAAAGAGUGGCUGUUGAAGCUGAGGUGUUGUUUGGCAGCAGUGUGUGGGAUGGAGUGGUAUUGCUAUGCUGCUCUUGGCAUUUUGACUGCCAUCCUCAGCUUCCUCAUGGACCUGAGCGUAAUAAAGCUGCUGAGAGCUCACCAGUGGCUUUAUAUGAAGCUGGAGGGCAACAGUCUGCUGCAGUUCUUCUGCUGGACUCUUUACCCAGCAUGCCUCUGUGCUGUCGCAUCAUCGUUCUCCCAUAACAUCUGUCCCUUCUCCACAGGCUCUGGGGUUCCAGAGGUGAGAACCAUGCUGGCCGGUAUUGAAAUGCCUCAUUACUUGUCUGUCACUAACAUGUUUACCAAGUUCCUGGGUCUUAUCUGUACACUGGCAGCAGGCAGCACUGUUUUCUUGGGCAAAGUGGGUCCAUUUGUGCAUCUUUCCACCAUGGUUGGAGCCUACCUGAGCAACCUCUGCACUCUUGUAAAAGCCAAUAAGAAGGAAAAAGCUGCUGGAGAAAUGCUGGUUGUAGCUGCUGCAGUUGGGGUAGCCAGCUGCUUCGGAGCUCCCAUCAGCGGUGUGUUGUUCAGUGUGGAAGUGAUGCAUUCUCACUUUGCUCUGAGACAUUACUGCCCAUGUUUCUUCUCAGCCACCUGCGGGGCGUUGACCUUCCGCCUGUUCUCAGUGUGGAGUGGAGAUAGAGAGACUCUUCAGGCGUUGUUCAAAACUAAUUUCCCCACUGCUUUACCGUUCUACCCGCUGGAGAUUCUGCUCUUUGCUUUCCUGGGGCUGCUGUGCGGAGCUGUGAGCUGCUGCUAUCUCUUCUGCCAUCGGUGGAUCCUGCAAUUCUCCAAAACAAACCCGAUCUUCAACAAAAUGCUGACGACAGAGAAGGGUCUAUACUCAGGCAUGGUGGCCUUCCUCCUGGCAUCUCUGACUUUUCCCCAGUGUGCUGGUCAAUAUAUGGCUUCUAAGCACACCAUGAAGCAGCUCCUCACCUCCUUACUGGAUAGCAGGCAGUGGAGCUCUCAAUCCCACAAUGCCUCGGUUCAACUGGGGCCUGAGCCUUUGUUGGAGUGGAGCUCAUCAGGGAGUCCUGUCUACCUUUCUUUGGCUGUCUUUCUGCUCAUGAAGAUGUGGAUGUUGGUCCUCGCCUGCACUCUGCCUCUGCCAGCUGGAUACGUCAUGCCAGUGUUUAUUUACGGGGCAGCUUUGGGCCGUUUGCUUGGAGAGGGAGUAGCUUAUGUGUCUUCCUCUGGAGUGACUUCAGGCCAGCAGUGGGUUUCUAUAAAUCCCGGGGGCUACGCACUUGCUGGUGCAGCAGCCUUCACCGGGGCUGUGACACACACCUUGUCCCCAACUAUUAUGGCUAUAGAGUUAACUGGCCAGUUCAGCCAUGCUAUACCCAUCCUCGUUGCCACUCUGCUGGCUAAUGCCCUGGCUCGCUCUGGGCAACGCCAAUCUUUCUAUGAUGCAGUCUCUAUCAGCAAGAGGCUUCCACACCUGCCCUCUCUGAUGAAGGCAUGCUCCCAGCUUCCUUCCACACCAGUCGGACAGGUUUUGGGAGUGAAAUCACAGCAGCUUCAGAAAGCAGCUGGGCCAGUGGAAGUUCAACAUGUUGUCAACACCAGCACUGAAACACAAAUCCCUGUGGUGGACUCACAUGAGUCACAGAUUUUGCUGGGGUUUGUUCUCCGAUCAGAGCUGCUGAUGUUCCUGCGUCACUGUAAGACCGAGACUCUGGAGAAACAUCUGGAUGAAGUCUGCUGCAUUUACCCAAACUCUGUCCUGUUAUCACCUCACAACACUGUUCAGGAGGCCCACAGUAUCCUGAGUCUGGUUGGAGCCCAGACCUUGUUUGUCACAGACAGGGGAAGGCUGGUCGGGCUCAUCACAUGGCCAGAGAUGAAGAGAAUAUUAGAGGACUUGGCCAAAGAAAUCUAAGCUGCAACACACAAGAAAUAAGCACAUCCCUUGACCUUUUUUUAAGCACGAACGUGAAUCCAUCUCUGUCUGAUUAGCUAUAACACAAGCCUGGCACUAAUAAUGAUAUCACUUCUUCAUUCGCCAAGCAUAGCAAUAUUUUAUUAUACACAAACAAAACUGUCAUUAGCUGGAGACUCCUAUGAUAAACAUUUGUCAAAG